UCCGUGCCUGGUCAUUGAAAAAUGGCCGACACAAGUCCACGUGAAUCCAAACUGAACAAGCAGGAUCAAGAUCUUCAUCUCGAAAUUGAUGAAACUGGAUUAGCCUGCAAAAGUGAAGUGAAGAAAAGAUGGCUCGGAGCACGUGGAACAGCCGGAUUAUAUGGAAAUGGAAAGUAUUACUAUGAAGUUACAAUUACAAGUAAAGGACUGUGCAGAGUUGGCUGGGCUACUCUCGGUGGAAGUUUGAAUAUUGGUAAAGGACUGGAUAGUUUCGGUUAUGGUGGGACUGGAAUGAAGUCAACCCACAAAAAGUUCGAUGAUUAUGGUCUCCCAUUCACUCUGAACGAUGUGAUCGGUUGCUAUCUUGACCUGGAUUCCCGUACCAUCUGGUGGUCAAAAAAUGGAGAACAAUUUCCCGCCGCUUUUUCCAUCGAUGUGAAAUACAAAAACUCGAACACGUGUCUCUUCCCGGCGGUCUUAUGUCAAAACUCAAGCCUCUCAGUCAACUUUGGAUCUCAACCGUUCAAAUUUCCCCCGGGAAAUCAGUUUACUGCGGUUUCCGAUGCUCCAAAUGAAAAUGUGAAUUGGUGGAGCUAUGAGGAGCAAAACUCAUUCGAACAUGUAGUGGUGAAACUACCGUUUGCAGUAGAAGAAGAUGUUCAUAAUGAGUUCAGAAUGCAUACCAAACUGAUGCUCACUGAACUAAAGAGGACUCAAUGCAAGCAGGACAAGGAUGGAUCUAUUCGAAGAACUCUUCAGCCGAUCAGCAAAACAAUUUGCGCAUUUCUGAACACUGACGGUGGACGGCUUUUUCUGGGUGUCAACGAUGAUAAAGUUAUUAAAGGAAUUUCGAUGAGCAAGAACAUGAUAUACCAUUUCUUCGGUUCUCUGCGACACAUGUGUGAAAAUUUUAAACCAUGCAGUCCGCUAUGUCGUAUCAAAGUCUCCAUUCUCGAAGUUAUCCCGGUGGGAGUGAUAAAAGUUAAGCUGAGAAAAGCGGAUUUGCUCAAAGAAGAAGCUCAUGAUUUCCCGAAGCUCGCCUGCCACAGUGUUGGCGGAUCAUUCUGCGAUUGCUUUUUGGAAAUUAAUAAAGCUCCAACCAAGCAGUAUCUUCUCAUCAUUCAAGUUUCGCCGCCAAAUCCUAACAGCCGCACAACGAUUUUCCAAAACGAAGAAGGGCUUGUAUAUCGUCGACGAAUGGCUUCGAACAAGUGCGUAUAUCUGGACGAUCUACGCCGCAUGAUGAACGAAAAGAACCAAGUAUUCGUCGAUCUUCCUGACGAGGCCCGUGCCGAAAUUGACAGUUUUUCAAAGUUUGACUAAUUAAGUUCGAAAAGUUUCAAUAAAUUUGUUGAGUUG